AUGUUAGCUUUGAUAUGGUUUUGUGGUGUUGCGUGUUUUGGUUGUUGGGAGGAAGAGAGGGUUGCUCUCUUGCAACUCAAAGCUUCCAUCAACUACCCAAAUGGACCUUCUUUGCCAUCUUGGGAGGAUAGAGUGGAAGGUUAUAACAGUAUAGAGAGUGACUGUUGUUAUUGGGAAGGAGUUAAAUGCAACGAGACCACAGCUCACGUGGUUAAGCUUUCUCUUAACAAGACAAGGAAUAGGAGAUUAGGAGAUUGGUAUUUCAAUGCCUCUUUGUUUCUUCCCUUUAAAGAGCUCCAAGAUCUGGACUUAUCUGAUAACCAGCUUGUUGGUUGGGUCGCAAAUGAAGGUUUUGAAAGUUUAUCUGGGUUGACCAAGCUGGAGGUCCUCUGGUUGGAUGGGAAUUACUACAAUAACACCAUCCUAUCAUCUCUCGGAGUGCUUCCAUCUCUUAAGAAUCUAUAUUUAAGAGGCAACUCUCUGAAAGGAUCCGUUCACUUGCAGGACAUUCCUGCUAUGAGCAACCUGGAGGAGCUGGACUUGAGUUUUAACUUUGGGAUUGAGACUCUCACGACCACAAGAGGUAUGAAGAGCUUAAGCAAGCUGCAAGUUCUUCGUUUGACAGGCGGGACUUUUAAUGCAAGUGUUUUACAUUCACUAGGAGCAUUGCCAUCUCUUAGGGCCUUAAGACUUUGUGUGGAUGGACAUGUCACCAAACAAGACUUGAUGGGCCUGAACUACUUGGAGUACUUAAAUUUGGAUCAUUCAUAUAUCCGCGGGAGCUUUCUUGGGAACACAGGAGUGAUGACUUCUCUAAAAGUUUUAUCAUUGUUUGAGAGUGGACUUCACGGCAAUCUACCAACCCAAGGAUUUUGUGACCUGAAGAACCUUGAAGUGUUGGACCUUAGGGAGAAUUAUCUGGAGGGGAUACUUCCUUCAUGUAUAGGAAACUUGACAUCGCUCCAUAUAUUGGAUCUUUCUUCCAAUUACUUGGUUGGAAAUAUUUCCCCGGCUCUCCUUGCUAGUCUUACAUCACUUGAAUACCUUUCUCUUUCAUAUAACAACUUCAUCACCCCUUUCUCAUUUGCGUCAUUUUUUAACCAUUCAGAGCUUAAGGUCAUUUUGAUUGAUAGUAUCGUGCUAAAACUUGAAAAUGAAUCUCAAUCAUGGACACCAAGAUUCCAACUAAAAGUUUUGCAUUUGUCAAACUGUUCCAUUGAAACACUACCAUCUUUUCUAUAUUACCAAAAUGAUUUGAAAGUAAUUAAUCUCUCCCACAACAAGCUAUUGGGGAAGUUCCCCACAUGGUUGUUAGAGAAUAAUACGAGAUUGGAAGUGCUCAUCCUACAAGAUAACUCUUUCAAGGGAUCUUUUCAGUUGCCUUCUUAUCCUAGUUCUCAUGUUUCAUAUCUAGAUUUAUCGAACAACCUCAUAGAUGGUCAAAUUCCUACAAAUUUAAACUUGAUCUUUCCAAGAUUAGAUAGCUUAUUCAUGUCCAAUAAUAUGUUUGAAGGUCAUAUUCCUUCUUCUUUUGGUGAUAUUAGAUCUUUAAGGGCCUUGGACUUAUCUAAUAAUAACUUGUCGGGGGGAAUACCCGAACAGCUGGCAAUGGGUCAAUCCUCCUUAUUGUUCCUCGGACUAUCGAAAAAUUGCUUGCAUGGUCAAAUAUUUGGCAAUCUUUUCAACCUGACUAAGUUGGAGUGGUUAUAUUUGGACAACAAUUGCUUUCUUGGAAACAUACCAGACAGCUUAUUAAAUGCCUCUAACUUGAUGGCGGUGGAUAUGAGCAAUAACCAUUUGUCUGGCUUCCUUCCCCAGUGGAUCGGGAAUGUAUGGUCUUUGGGGCAAAUAAGUUUGGCCAAAAAUCACCUUGAAGGCCCCAUUCCAUUGGGGUUUUGCAAACUUGAUUAUCUUGAGUUGUUGGAUUUAUCUGAGAAUAACUUGUCAGGCUCUGUGCCAGCUUGCUUCAACCCUUCAGACAUAACUCAUGUCCAUCUGAAUAAAAAUAGAUUGAGUGGUCCAUUGACUCUUGCAUUCUAUGGCAACUCCCAUUUGGUGACAUUAGACCUUGGAGAUAACAGAUUGACAGGUGAAAUCCCAAAUUGGAUAGGCAAACUUUCUGCAUUGAGGAUUCUUAUCUUGAAACGUAACAAUUUUGGAGGUAACAUUCCCAGUCAAUUAUGCCGCUUGAAACAAUUAAGCAUGAUUGAUCUUUCUGGGAAUAGACUUUUUGGUCCUAUUCCUCAUUGCCUGUCUAACAUGACUUUUGAGCCUAGCUUUGAAAAAUCUCUUGAAGUUUUGGGAAACAUUAGGUUUCUUGAUCCAAGGGCAUUAUCAUUGUCAAUCAUGGGAAUGACUAUAUCUUUUGAAUUUCUAUAUCAAUCUAGUUCCUAUUAUAAUGAAAUGUCAAAUGACAAAGAAAAUGUGGACUUCACAACAAAGAAUGGUACUCGUUCAUAUCAGGGUUUUAUCCUUGAUUUGAUUUCGGGAAUUGAUUUCUCUUGCAACCAAUUAACUGGUACUAUUCCUCCAAAAAUUGGGAACUUAGCUGAGCUCUUCGUGUUAAAUCUGUCCCAUAACAAUCUCCUUGGAUCCAUUCCGGCAUCACUGUCCAACCUAAGGAAGAUUGAGAGUUUAGAUCUUUCCUAUAACAUCCUGACUGGGAGUAUCCCCUCCGAAUUGACUAAGUUGAACUUUUUGGCGGCCUUCAGUGUGGCAUACAACAACUUAACAGGUAAAACUCCAGAUUUGAAAGGUCAAUUUGGUACCUUCAGCGAGAGUAGUUACGAGGGCAAUCCUUAUCUUUGUGGACCUCCAUCACAUAACAGUUGUACUGAUGUCCAAAAAGCAUUGACAAUUCCAAAAGAUUCAGAGGAUGAGCAAAAUAAUAGUGGUUUCAUUGAUAUGGAUGUUUUUCAUGUGAGCUUUUUAGUGUCUUAUAUCAUAUUGUUGUUAGGAAGUGUAGCAGUUCUUUAUGUGAACCCUCGUUGGCGAAAGGCAUGGCUCCAUUUGGUUGAAGCUUGUAUGACCUCUUGCUACUAUUUUGUUGUUGACAGUUUUCGUAAGUUGUUCAACCGUCACAUUGUGUGAUCCAUUAGCUGGAUUUUUAUGUGCACGCUUAAAGUAAAAGCACUAUACUAUUUUACAAUUUUCAAUAGACAAUGGUUUCAGUUUAUGUACUUCUAUCAUUAGGUUAUGUUAUGCAUUUUACAUAUGUAGUCAUGAGAGUAAAAGGAGGAGCUCCAAAAGAGUUCAUUGUGUUCCCUCAACAAACUAAUGGAUAACUUAAAUGAAAAUUUACUUGCAAAAACAGCCAUUGUAUAGCUUGCCUACAUUACUUCUUACUCCAUGUAGUAAUGUUCAAAAACACUUUACUUUCCUAAAGUUAAAAAAUAUACUCAUAUUUUUGUGUUUUUGGACCAACAUAUAAUUGAUUCUUGAAUUGAAAUAGGUAAAAGACAUUUGAUUUAUAUUUUUUUUAAUAUAUAAAUUAAUAGAACCGGACCAUGUCUACCCACAUGAGCAAAUGAAUCCCAACCUAAGAGGUUGGUAGAA